AUGAUUCCAACUGCACCUCCUCCACAGCAGAGGGCUUUUGUCUCUCAUUAUCGCAUGGUAACUAGUGGUUUGAAACCGCCGAUCACGCCCACACAAACAAAACAGAAGAAAGCACGACAAACCAUCCGGGAGUUGAAAGCCGCGGCCAAGUUCAGCGUUAAGGAGGUUAACACUGUGCCAGAUGUGGCCAGAGACUAUCAGCAGCAGUUGUUUGAGAUGGCUAAAGAUAGUAAUAUCAUUGCUGUAAUGGAUACUGGAAUGGGGAAGACUCUUAUCGCAGGCUUACUCAUUAAACACAUGGUGGAGGUCGAGCAUGCGUCUCGUCUCGCUGGUGGGAAGAAAAGGGUGGUCGCCUUUCUUGUCCCCACAGUUCCACUUGUAUUUCAGCAACAGGAGUAUCUCCGUCAUCAGAUCGCAGGGAAUGUAGUGCCAAUAUGUGGAGAACUACUUAACGAGAAACAGUCUGAUUGGGAGAAAAUCCUCAAAGAAAAUGACGUCUUAUGUGCCACACCUCAGACGCUUGUCGAAGCUUUGAUUCAUGCUUUUAUAAACAUUGAUCAAAUUUGCUUGAUUGUGUUUGACGAGGCUCAUCAUGCACUCGGCGAUCAUCCAUAUGCUGUUCUUAUGAAGGAGCAUGUUUCUUGUUUGCCAUCAAAUGCUCGGCCACGCAUCCUUGGAUUAACAGCAUCACCUGUAAAUUCAGACAGCCAUGCGCUCAUCGCCAUUGAAAAUCUCCAGAAAAUUCUCGACUGUCGAGCGGUAACAGUAAUGAGUGAAGAAAAGUCAUUGAGGUAUGCAGCUCGCGCGAAGCCUGAAAAGAUCGAAUAUCCCCAGAACGACGAGAUCGCCACAUAUCCUCGCGCAUAUGAAAUCGUUAAGGGAUGGUCGUCGAUGAUGCCGGCCGACGCCAACUUAACAAAGGUUCUCAAGGACGGCAUCUAUAUUCUCAAACAACUCGGCUCCUGGGCUUGUGCUCGAUCCAUAUUGGCGGCCAUAUACACUUUGCAAAAGAAGGCGGACAGAGCAAUGUUAGCGGACGGGAUUAUGACCAGCAAGGUCCGCCGGCUUAUGCAGACUGAAGAUAUACGCCGACAGUUGCUGGAAGAGCUUAGAGUGGCCGGGCCGGCUGAUUCGCCGGCGUUAUCCGAGCUGUCCCCGAAGGUUGUGAAGCUCAUCGAAAUCCUGGAGCAAUACCGAGAUGAUCAUGUAUUUUCUGGGAUCGUGUUUGUGCAAAGACGAGAAACAGCCGAACGGUUACGUGACAUUCUGUGCAGUAUCGAUCGACUCAAAGAUUUCCUCAGAGUAGAUGUGCUCGUUGGUCACGGCGGCGACAAUGCCGAUGUCCUGCAAACCGCCAUGAGAGUAACCGCUCAACAAAACAUUGUGCAGGAGUUUGGACACAAUCGGAUCAACUUGCUGGUUGCGACCAAGGUAGCAGAGGAGGGCCUGGACAUCAGGGUUUGCAAGCUUGUGAUACGAUUCGAUAUGGGCAAGGAGAGUAUGAACUUGGUGAACUUCAUUCAGAGCCGUGGGCGAGCACGGGCCCCAGAUUCCAGGUUUAUAUUGAUGUGCGAAGAAGACAAUUGGGAGCAUCUUUUACAUUUACGGGAGUUGCGCAUCCGCGAGAGCGAGAUUCGGACUGCGCUAGUGAGCCACGAAAACAACAUUCCAACAUCAUAUGCUCUGAAUGAUGAGGAGGAGCCAUUGCAAACCUCACCAUACACAUAUACGGUGGAGAACACAGGAGCUAAAGCUACCCUUACAUCAGCAUUGCAGCUAGUCGAAGAAUUCUGCACCGUUCAACUGUGCGAUCAGUUUGUUCAUUCGCGGCCUGAAUACGCCUUAACGCAUCUCGCCAGCACGGGGGACGAGCGUUUUCAAGCCAGUGUCACUCUCCCAAACUGUGUGCCGCCAGAGAUUAGGCUUACGGUUGGUCGGCCCAUGCGAUCCAAAGCGCUGGCCUUUAGACAUGCCGCGUGGGAAGCCGUCAAACUAUUGCAUCAGCGCAGGUAUCUCAAUGACACUCUUCGACCUGCCCGAGGGGACAUACUCUUUAAGUCAAGACAUGAUGAGGAGGGUCAACUACGAGAGGAGCUCCAAAAAGGUUUAAACACACUUAAAUCUAAGAGGAACAAGCGAUUUUUCAGAAUUAAACAGCCUCAAAUUCUUCACCAACCAUGGGACUUAACGAAUGAUUAUGUCUCGGGUUACCUAAAUGUUAUUGAAGUGAAAGCACUUCACGACCCUCCAAUGUCGAACCCUCUUGGUUUUCUUACAGUUUCCGGUCUACCUAUAUCGCCUAUGGAGUUUUCCCUUUGGCCUAACUUGGCGGAAGUGACUGUCCGCAUUCAAGCAUCCCCCAAACCACUUAAGAUGACGUUGGAACAAUAUCGCUGGGCGCGGGCAUACAAUCAUUGUGUUUUAUCACCAAUGUUGAAGCACACCUUAUUCAAAGAAGAUGAAGAUUACGCUUUCCUGGUCGUGCCGCUUCGAAUUCGCCCGGGAUCGCGCCCAGUGGAUUUUCAAUUAUUCAAAGCAUCAGAGCUGAUUGACUGGAAGGCGACUGCAUCCGUUGAGAGUUUCGAUCCCGAGAAGUUUCAGAGCCUUCUUUACAAGCCGGAUGUUGUCGAUCGUGUAGUGGUUGAUAUGAGACACUGGGGCAGAAAAUUUCGUGCUUUGGAAUUAUGCGCUGACAAAGGACCCUUUGACCCAGUGCCAUUUGGGGAUGACAAGUUUAAAUGCGCGGCGGAUUACUACCAGUUGAUCAAGAACAGGAGAUUGAUCAAGCCCGACCAGCCUGUUAUUCGUGCGAGGCUCGUCACGCGAAAGUUCAAUAUGUUGGCGUACCACAAUAUUGCGGAGAACGAAAGUGUCGAAGCCAAAAGAGAUCAAGAUGUUUUUCUGCUUCCUCAGUAUUGUCAAAUAUACCCUAUCGACCAAAACACGAUCAAAGCGGCGGUAAUUUUACCGUCGAUUCUUUAUUACGUCGAACUAGCCUGCCGAACAAGCGAGCUGCAAGAAAAGUUGAGUCUCCCAGCUGCCCUGCCGCAGCUCAUAACCGCCCUUUCUGCACCCUCCGCUACAUUGCAAACCAACUAUGAGCGGUACGAGACUCUUGGCGACGCAUUUCUCAAGCUCGCCAUUACGUUACAUAUCUACGUCCUGUAUCCUCAUCGCGGAGAAGGAGUAAUGACGAUGAUGACACAUAGCUUGUUGUCGAACUACAAGCUAUUCGUCAGAGGUUGGAAACAUGGCAUUCCUGGGUACAUUGUUGGGACAAAACUUUCAAGAACCGAAUGGGCGCCAAUGAAACUUGAAAAGCUCGAAGAGAAUGCCAAAAAGGAGGUGAACAAAACGGACGAGAACCCCGAGACUGGAUCUCAGCUGCUGUCUGACAAACAAAUUGCUGACACCGUGGAAUCCAUAUUGGGUGCCUGUCUUGAUUGCAGUGGGGUGAAGGGCGCGGCGCAAGCUCUCCGUAACAUUUACAGCGACGCUUUUUUGAUUGAUUGGGCUGGUUAUAUAAAAGCCCAACAACAGAUCUCAGAACAACGACCAAAGUCAAAUCCUCUUACUGCUGCCAAGAUGGCCAAAUUGCAGUCUCUGCAAGAUCUCAUUCAUUAUCAAUUCAAGGAUCCGAUGUUACUGAUGGAGGCGCUCACGCAUCCUAGUUCGAAAGAUCCAAAUGUUUUGAAUUACCAAAGAUUAGAGUUCCUCGGUGAUGCCGUACUUGGCCUUCUGGCAGUGCGAUACUUUUUCUAUACCUACCCGGACUUACCACCGGGUCGGUUGAGUGAUCUCAAGGAUGCGGCCGUAAACAACUCAUUUUUAGCGUGUGUUUCUGCGAAUUUGGGGCUCCACACCUUCAUCGAGGCUUCGUCGGUUCCGCUCGCCCAGGCAAUAGGAGAGUACUGUACGGACUUGUACGAGGCGGCGCAACAGCAUGUUGAAGGGGCUGAAGCGCGACAGAACAAGUUAGAGUCUAUUACACAUCUUCCUGAGGGUAAAGGAGCCAGAGCCAAAUUACAGCGAGAAUUGGAAGCAGAGAUGCAAUACUGGAUCAAUAUUGAAACUCCCAAGGCGGUGUCAGAUUUGUUUGAAGCAAUCCUUGGGGCAAUUUUCCAGGACGGCGGUUACGAUGUGGAGGUUGCCUGGGGGUUUCUGGAUCGCUUCUGGUUACCUUGGGUCAAUGAGUACAUUCAACCACAGCUAGUUGGACGUCAUCCAUUCCGCGAGAUGGCUAUGUAUAUGCGCAGUGUCCUGGGCUGCGACAAGUGGCGAGUCCCCACCAAGCAUGAUCUGGAAGAAGGUCUUUUCGUAGCAAACUUGAUCAUGCAUGAAAAUGUGAUUGCGAUGGACUAUGGCCCAUCGCGAAAAGCAGCCCGCCGGGCACUGGCAGAAAAUGUCUUGCAAAUGAUUGAGGAAGGUGUAGAAAUCGCCAACAAGUGCGAUUGCGGUGGUAUUAAGUUCGUUCCAGGUGAUUGGGAUGAGGAGCCGUUUCUUGAAAAGGACGAGGCUUCAAUGCAUCUCGUCAGUUAAGAUUUGUAAGAUUGUAGUGAUAUGGGUACUCUUUUGCUUACACUACCCCGUGGCGAAUGUACUUGUGCUUGUAGCUUAUUGUAGUUCCUUUUUUAGCUUAAGAUUUGCGGUUGUAUCAAAUAUUAUCUCGUGCUGAUGAGGCCCCUUGACCCAUAAUUUUAUAUAUUCCAUACCUGAAGAAACACGUAUCCUCUGAGUCUUCAUGGACUUACAAAGCUUUAAAGCUGUACACAACUGAUUCGCG